AAGAGUUGGGGUGGAAGUGUGGUCGUUGUUGCUGCUGCUUGAACACAGGCCAGUCAAGAUGGCAGAGUACCUGGCGUCCAUUUUUGGGACAGAGAAAGAUAAAGUCAACUGCUCAUUUUAUUUUAAAAUUGGUGCCUGUCGACAUGGAGACCGCUGCUCCAGAUUACACAAUAAGCCAACAUUCAGCCAGACAAUUGCCCUCCUGAACAUUUACCGGAACCCUCAAAACAGUGCCCAGUCCGCCGAUGGUCUGACCUGUGCCAUCAGUGACAUGGAGAUGCAGGAGCACUAUGACGAGUUUUUUGAGGAGGUCUUCACAGAGAUGGAAGAGAAAUACGGAGAAGUGGAGGAAAUGAACGUAUGUGACAACCUCGGGGACCACCUAGUAGGAAAUGUGUAUGUGAAGUUCCGUUAUGAAGAGGACGCUGAGAAGGCUGUGAUCGACCUGAAUAAUCGAUGGUUUAAUGGACAGCCCAUCCAUGCUGAGCUCUCUCCUGUCACAGACUUCAGAGAAGCCUGCUGUCGCCAGUAUGAAAUGGGGGAAUGCACUCGUGGUGGCUUCUGUAACUUUAUGCAUCUGAAGCCCAUCUCACGUGAACUAAGGAGAGAGCUGUAUGGGCGCCGGAGGAAGAGCCGUCACAGGUCUCGGUCUCGAUCGAGAGAGAGACGUUCUCGCUCCAGAGACAGAGGUCGAGGAGGUGGCCGUGACCACGAGAGACGUCGCUCCAGAGACAGAGAGCGUUCAGGACGCUUCUGAACCACAAGCCAUGACUACUUGUCCUUCCCUCCCUGUAUCCAUACCCAGUCUCUUUUUUUUAAGUUUGUACCCUCCCAGAUCCAGUCUAGGACUAACUGAAAGGUACCCUGUUUUGAAGCUGUGACAGCAUUGAUGAACUUGUUUUUUCUCGGUUUCUGAAAAUGACUUUCACCUCAUUAAAUUGGAAAAUUUU